GCAUCCCGUGCAAUCUUUCCCGCUGCUGUCCGAACCGCGAUCGAAAGCUCCUCGAGGUGCGGGCUUGCAGAUGCCUUGGCCAUGGAAGCGCCUUCAGCUUCAGCUUCGCACUGUCCAGGCCUUGCAUCCAUGUUUCGCGUCGUAGCGGCCACGCCCGAAAUCCACCAAAUCGAGAUUCAG